AAGAGGUGGUGACUUACAGUGCCAGCAUAUAAGUUCAGACAGCAGCUGUAAAAAGCCAGCAGAAGGCACGUGCUAGCUAUAGCAGCAGUAGCAGCAGUCCUUUCCAACUUUGUUCUGUUAAGGGUUGUAUCUUUUCCAUAGCCACCUGCUUUCAAUGAGCUUGCAGUCUUCUUCCUUCCGAUCGGAGCGCAGUUUCCACCAGAGUUCCUCUUCUUCAUCUUCUUCUUCUUCAGCCACAGCUGCACCCCUGGACCAAUACAUGGAGAAAACACGAGGAACAAUCUUCACAGAUGAUUUUGGGAACUUUAUGAGGCCAAGGAAUGAACCCAUAGGCUUUGCAGGGCGGCAGAGUAACACGGGGAACAUUAAGACUCUGGGUGACACAUACCAGUUUACAGUUGAUGUCCGAGACUUCUCACCCGAGGAUAUAAUUGUAACAACCUCUAACAACCAAAUUGAAGUCCGUGCUGAAAAGCUUGCUGCAGAUGGCACAGUCGUGAAUACCUUUACACACAAAUGCCAGCUACCAGAUGACGUGAAUCCUACAACACUCACAUCAUCCCUUGCGGAAGAUGGCACACUCACUGUCAAAGCCAAGCGCCACCCAGCCAAGCAUGAGCACGUACAGCAGCUUUUCAAGACUGAAAUCAAAAUCUAAGCAAGAGACACGUGGGCCUGGUGUCAAGCAGUGAAAAUGCUUCGGAUGUACUGGAGAGUUUAACCUAGUUAGCAUAACAGGAAAUAUUUUUGUACCUGUUUAAGAUGCACAAACAGAUUUACCCAACAGAUUGGAAAGCUUGUACAUUUGAUCGUUUUGAUCAUCUGAUCAUAUGUCUGACAUGGCAAUUUGCAUAAUUUAUUGUUCUUGAGAAGUCAUUGACCUAACACAAUUUGAUGCAUUCAGCAUUGCCACCAAACAGCAGUCAGAAGAAUAUUUGUGUACACUAUGUGCCCAACUGAGGAAAGGAAAGACAGAAGAAUGCACAAUGAAAUGCUGAUAUCCCUUUUAGUGCAGUCUGACUAACUAUAUAUUUCAGCUAUGUGAACUUUAAGUAGGAUGCCAGGUCUCUAUCCAUUUAACUGGUUCUCUGCCUAUAACUGAAAUUUCCUUGUAGAAUAACAGUUGUACAUAGGUUGUAUCUUUUUGUGUGUACUUUAAUUUCAGCUUCAAAAAAUAAUAUCAAAACCAGUAGGUUUGGUACACUUCCUUCCAUCAGCAUGAUUCCAUCUUGUUCUACCUGACUUUUCGAUACCCCAGCCAUACCUUAAUUCAUUUUAGCAGCCCUUUGGUGUUCCCUUAACUCUCAUUAGAUCUUGCAACUACAGUAAGUAAGACACUUACAGCUGUUACAUACAAAAAUCCUUAAAAUAAAACGAUUACAUAAAUCUUAAUUAUUAACAGGGUAAAUGACUCAUUGUACCUUAAGCAAUAAGUCCCUCAUAGAGGUGGCCUUACAUUUAGCAACCACUGAAUUAUAAUAUAUUCCUAAAGUGCACCUUUUUAUGGGGCUUUUACAUAUUAUUAAUUCUGGAAAAAGUGUUUCCUUCAUUUAUAGCUGGUCCUUAAUAGGAGCACUAUAGCAUCAUACAGUAACUCUGUUACUUAAAUGUAUGUUAUAGGACUUGUAUGGUAUAAAAUGAAGUUGAAGAUGUAAGAUUAUGAAGCACUGCACUGUAGCAUUGCUUCUUGGAUCUUCCCGAUAAAAAGGGGUACAAUUGCUCUGCGUAUAUACCUUAUUAAAAAUAUAUAGGAAAAUAAAUAAUUGAUCUUGUGGAGUGCAUCUACCAUUACUUCAGAAACAUACUGCAUUUAAGAAGCCAACAAUAACUCAAUACUUCAUCAGUGAUCAGCAGCAAAGGUGAUCUCACUAGAUCAUAUUUAAUUAAAUCCAGCCCAAGACUGAAUAAUCAGUUUCUGGUCCUAUUAGCCAACCUACUUAAUAUGUUCUGUUUCAUGAAGAGAUUUUUACAAGGCAAUGCAUAUGGCUUUGUCCUCUCAUUUUUGCAUGAUUUUCCAUGUAGAAAAGGCUGCCCAGUCAAUAAAGUUCCACAGUACUCAAGUUAUGUCAUGAAAUAUAUUUCAUCCUUUGCACUCUGCAGCGGUCAUCUGCCAUCCUAUAUAGGAAUCUCAUUAUGAUGACAUCAGCCUUCCAUAUCACCCCAAUAUCUGUAAGCUCCUAAUUUUCUAAAUACAUAAACCCCAUGAAAUCCGUUGAUAUGCGUGAGUCUCAGUAAUGUGGUCACUUUUUUAAUACCAACCCAAACUCCCAAAUCCUACACACCUCUUGUCUAUAAAGUGGUUUGUUGGUAGCUGCACAUUUUAAAAAUCUGUUAAAGGUACGGUUGGAACAAUACCAUGUUAUUAAAGGAAGAGGCACAAAACCAAGACAGCUUUCAUCUUGACUGAUUCAUGCAGCUCAACAAACAGCAAUCCAUUUGUAUCUAUCAAGAGACUUUCUAUACUUUAGCUAUCACUAUUUAAUUGCAUGCUUUACUCAGCUUUGUUUUUAUAAUAAAAUACUAAACAGAACAUUUCUCAUUUAUGUGGAAAAUUAAUAAAAACAUGAAAAAUGAA